AGUCUUACUCAUGUUCCCUAUUAGUUCAUUAAACAUUAAUCUUUAUUUUAAUUAAGCUGGAAGAAAAGUUUCCUUUAGAAUGUCUUCGUUUUCAGGUGAUUGUAUGUAAAUAUAUUUCUCGAGACAACUUGAAUAGGAGUAUGUGGAGGACAAUAGCAAAUAAAAAAAAUUAAUUCUGUAUAUAUAUAUAUACAAUUUUCUGAAUUCUGAUCAGAUAUAUUUAAAGUAAAUAUUUAUUGUUGCAUUCUACGAUCUUGUUCAAAUUGUUUAUCUUCUAGCUUUCGAAUUCUGAAACCUGAUAUAAAUAAGAAUAUUUCGUCCGCUAUUCCUUACUCCUAUUUUAUCGCUCCUCAUGAAUUGAAAUAUAAACUUUACAUUCGAUAUCUCUACUCUAGGUAUUUUACUCAAAUUUUAUUAUAAUUCGUUGUUAUCCCUAUCGAUUUGAUAAUAAUUUAAAUAAACUACCGAUCGGCAAACUUUUUUGGGUCCAAAGUUAAAGGAACAAGAUACCAGCAGAUGCAAUAUGAUGCAUGAGGGUGUUUUAAAUAUGUUUAAUGAACUAGCGCAUAUGUGAUACAGGCUUGCUGGUACAGGAAGUAUAUUUAUUUAACCCAGAAAGCACAACUUCAGUUCACAUUCUGCUUGGGACAGUUGUGAAUGGAAAAUUUCUUUAAGAAUCUCUAGUUACUGCAAAGAAAUAUUCGGAAAUUUAUACCAUUUUCCUCAGCCAAAACUGGAUAAUCACAAAAAUUAUCGAACUUUGCAGAUAGAAUGGGUGUUGCUGCCAGUAAAAGUGAAAAAUUAUGGGAAGCUUGUGGAUAUGGAAGAGUGGAACAAGUCAGAGAAUUACUGCAAUUUUCCGCAAUCCAAGUAAAUUGGGUUUCUUAUACUCACAAUUCAUGCCCAAUACAUGCGUGCUGUGCUGCUGCACCAAGUCAGAAGGAAAAAGAGAUAUUAGAGAUGCUUAUUGAUAAAAGAUGUAAUGUUAAUGCCAAAGACGAGAGAGGUUGUUUAGCACUUCAUCAUGCUUCUAUGAAGGGUCAUUCUGAUUUCAUAGCCAUUCUUGUUAAAGCCGGUUCGGAAACCGAUGUUCAAGAUAAGAAUGGAUGGACAGCAUUAAUGACUGCAGCCUAUUGGUGCCAUCCUCAAACUGUAAAAACUCUACUAGAGUUUGGAAGUGAUGUUCAGUUAAAGAACAGAGAAGGUCGAACAGCUCUACACGAAGCAUGUAGAAGUCGUUCUAAAAAUGAACAUCAAGUCGAAGAAGUGGUUCGGUAUAUAGUCAAUUUCGGUGCUCAAGUCGAUGAUAAAAGUAGUACUGAAGGAGAGGCUGACUUCACACCCUUAAUGUGUGCCGCUUAUCACGCUCAUAACGGUGCUGUUAGGGCUUUAAUUGAGGCUAGUUGUGAUGUUAACGAGCAAGGAACAAAUGGAUGGACUGCGCUCCACUGGGCCGCUGACAAGGGUCACAAGGAUAUUAUUCUACAACUUCUUCAAGCUGGGAUAAAUACCCAACUAACCGGCAAGUUAAACGAAAGGGCAGAAGACCGAACAGAAGACGAAGAUAUAAAGAGUCUAAUAAGGAAUUUUAAAUAUACACCUACUGUCCCUAAAAUAUGCGUUACUGGUCAAACAAAUGAUGCAAGAGGGAGGACAAGAGUAGAAGAUUUAAAAGAAUGUUCUAGAAGAAACGAUGCAUCACCAGCAAGAUCAGCUGUAAGCACAAUGUCACCUCCAUCGAGCAGAAGUGGUAGUAUAAGCGACUUUAGCGACGAAGAAGAUGUAUCUAAAUCUAAAAAUACUACCGUUUAG